ACCACAUGCGAAGGAAAGCAAAUGGUCAGAGAACUUACAGACAGUUCAUGCAGAAAAGAUGAAUCGUUUUGAUGGCAGCUUGAAGUAUUGAGACAAUAUGCAAAAGGGAGCAUCUUGUCCGAGAUGUCAGCACACGUUUGCUGUUAAGUUUCGAGAUCAUCGAGGUAUUUCACGCCAGCCCUUGCUGCUGAAGUGUUCCCAUACAUUUUGUGAGUCUUGCCUCUUGAAGUUGGCCCGUGACGGCAAGAAGAGCAUCACUUGUCCGACAUGCAAGGAUGUUACCGACCUGCCCCAAGGGGAGACAGGUGUGCGGCACCUCCCCAGCCAUUACUACCUGUCAGGGUACCUGAUCUGCAGCCAGAAGGCUUUGCUGGAACAGGAGCUGAGUAGGAUGACGGCAGCUGGUAUGGCUUCUGUCAACAGGAAGACUGCUGUGGCAGAGGCAAAAGGCCGUGUUUGCUGUGAGUGCAGGCUUAACAGAGCCACAUGUAAAUGUGUGAAAUGUGACUGUGUGAUGUGUGGCCUCUGCUUUGACAAGGUACACUCCUUAUCCAAUACUCUGAAACAGCACCAGGCGGCAAGACUCGCUGAUGAUGACAACUGCCUGUUCGAGGACAUCUCCCCACUAUGUAAGCUCCAUGGCAAGCCUAUAGAGUAUUUCUGUGAUGACGACGAUACAGCUAUAUGUUCCCGGUGUGUGAUCAUGGGCGACCACAAGGAACACUCAAUCACCUCUAUGGAAGAAAAGAAUAAGAUGCUGCUUGGAGACAUGGAGCCUGCGUUACAGUUUGCAUCACAGGUUGUGAAGAAGCUGAACAAGGCAGAUAAGAUAUUGUCACAGUCUGUACCAUCUGUGAAGAGUGAAACCUCCGCUGUCAUUGAUUCCAUCAGAAUGCAUUUCCAGACAUUACAUGCAGCAUUACAAGUGAGGGAGGCUGAGCUAAUGGGGGAGGUGUUCACUGUGUAUCAGGAUGGAGUAGCUCCUCUUAUAGAAAUGAAAUCAGAGAUGCUGAAUGAGAAGAAAAAGCUUGACUCUUCUAUAAAAGCUGCCCAGCGUAUCAUGAACAACAACAAUGAAAUGAUCCUGAAUGCCAAAGACAUAUUUGAUAGUUUGAAUCGUGCCAAAGAUUUGAUGUGUGUUUUGUCCAGCGCAAAUCAAGAGUUGGAAACUGGGAUUCGGUUUGAAGGAGGAGAUUCUAUGUUGGAAUCCUUCAAGAGCUAUGGUUCUGUGCAAGGAGAAGUGCCUAAAAGAGUGAUGUUCCAUACCUUGAAUGAUGCACCGGAUGAGGUGCUGAAUGACGACACGGACACUGCAAGCGUCCACUCCUGCAGCUCUAUGACAUCUGGCACCGAUGUCACUUCCACAGCUGAUACAGGGGAGGAUGUCAUUAUUGAAGAUGAACAAGAUAUCAUUGUUGAAGAUGAAGAUGGGGGAAAAAAAUCAAAAUAUAUCCUUAAGCCUGUACCUGGUCGUGAGAAAAUGUCAGGUCACUGUGAGAACGUGGUGGUAACACACAUCCGAAGCCCAUGUAAGUUUUAUGUCCAGCGUUGCGCUCUCAAUGCCAAACUGGUGAAGAUGUCCAAAGCCAUCAAGACUUGGUGUACUGGCCUAGCCACGGAGAAGGACAUCCCAACUGAUGUCAACAAAGGUGACUUUGUGCUGUGUCAGUACUCACAAGACACGGAGUGGUACCGUGCCCGUGUUCUGUCUGUCAUGACAACUACAGAGACCAGUCAGAAAAAGGUCAUCACCAAGAAACAUGUGGAGGUUCUGUACUUUGACUUCGGCAAUAAUGAAGUGGUCACCAUGGACAAAUUAAAGAAUAUGGAAGCCAGGUUUAUGAAGCACCCUGAAUUUCUUUUGGAAUGUGCUUUACACGAUAUCGAACCUGCAGAAAAGGGUGGUGUGUGGGGCCAUGAAGCAGCCAAUACGAUGCGGACAAUGAUAGCCAAUAAACCUAUGUUGAUGAAUGUUAUCCGUGAGGUGGGAAACGUGUUACAAGUAGACCUCCACACCCCAUCUGUAGACAGCAUCCUAGACGACAGACCCAUCUCACUCCGAGACAGCUUGGUCUUCCUUGAACUGGCCAGAUUUGUUACCUCAUCAGAAAGAAUUUCAAAAUCAGGGGUUCCAUCCAGCUUCUGUGUGCAGCCAAUUGGUGAUGAGGCAGAGUACCUGUCAGCCUUGAUGACGGAGAUGGCGACCACAUAUUCCAAUGGCACAGACCUCUACACAGUCUUCUGUCCUCAAGUUGACAUGAUCUGUGUGGUGCAGAGUAUGACGGACCACAUGUGGUACCGGGCUCGCGUGAUAGACCUACCCGGAGGGAAACAGGUGGAUGUGCAAUACGUGGAUUUUGGAAACAUUGAGCGAGUCCCAUAUCAGAGAAUCAAGAAAAUCCUAGAUGCACACGUGAAGUUACCUCCCUUGGCUGUACAGUGUGAGCUGAGUGAUGUGGAGCCGGCAGAUCCAGAUGGCAGCUGGUUGGCAGAUGGCCUGGAGUGGUGGACUGACCUCACAACUUUCCAGUCUUUCCAAGUGAAGAUACUGGAGGUUCAGGUGGAUGCUGUGGAGGUGGUCCUGUACCGUAUCCUUGACGACCUCACUGACAACCUCAGUGUCAACUACCAGCUGGUUGCUAAUGGAUAUGCCAAGAGCACUGGAGUUGGAUCUACAGUUUUGGGACCGUCAAAGAAACCACCUGCAGAUUCCCCUAAAAAGGCCUUCACCUACAGAGCCUAUAGAGAGGACAAGCAACAGGCCAGCAGUGACAUUGCUGCCGCCUACAUGACCUCUCCUGUGAAGGGAGACAACCAGGGAAGCAAACCUCAAAGCAGGUCCUCCACCCCUGCAAUAACACCCAACACAUCCAGACCCACCAUCCCUUUAAUCACACCCACAAGGAAACCACUCAACAAGAAUGUGAAUCAGAACAACGUGAACAUCAAUGGAGCUGCAGGACAAGCAUCAUCUUCUGCUGCCUCUGCCACUACAGGGAAACAAGCGGACCCGGAGUCCCCAGCUGUCCAGAUCGAGGUUGUCAUCAGUGCCUAUGAAUCUCCAGCCAACUUCCAUGUACAGCUUGCUCAAGCUGAGAACCUAGAUGGAAUGAUGGACCUGCUACAGAAACAGUUCCGGACAUCAGAGCCACCUCAAAAGAAUUGGAAAGUUAACGAUUUCUGUGCAGCCAGGCGCAAGAAGGACAACAUGUGGUACCGGGCCAGGAUAUCCGAGAUGCUGGAGGACAAGAUGAAGGUGUACUUUGUGGACUUUGGCUUUGUGGAGAUCCUGACCAGUGCCGACCUGCGCGUGCUGGACAUCAAGAUGAGGACCCUGAGUUGCUGUGCUAUACAGUGUCAUCUGGCAGACAUAGUGUCAGCAGGGAGCUCGGACCCGUUACAGUGGUCAGCGACUGCCUGUGAGUUCAUGGCCGAGGAGGUGAAGAACAAAACUCUCUAUAUCAAAAAAGAGGGCGACCUGGAGGAUGAAAGCCGGGGUCUGCCCAUUGACCUGCUGGUAGAGGAGAGUGUUGCGGAGACUGCCCUGGAGCCUUGUAGAACCAGCGUGCACAGCCUCAUCAGCUCCAUGAAGGAGAAGGGGCUGGCCAUACCAUGUAGAAGGAAAAAGCAAGAGUCCGGGGAUGGUUCAACCUCCACUGUAACGUUGGAGAAAAAGGCUGAUGAACCGUAUGUGGAGUGUGAGGUGCUGCACUACUCCCGACACCCUGUCUCAGAGACGCCCAUUCUCACUGUGAUACCCACCUACGUUGACUUCAAUGGAAUCAUUUACUGUCAGUGCCUUGAUGAUGAGACUGAGUUGAUGACAAUGACAGAUGACAUCCAGACAAGGUACAUGGAAUCUAGUCCCCAGCGAGUCCGGUGGCAGAACGGCCAGGCUUGUAUCUCCUACUUCAAGACUGAUGACCUCUGGUACAGGGCCAGAGUUGUCGAACUCAAUAAUGACAAAGUCAAAGUGCAAUAUUGUGAUUACGGUAAUUCCGAACUACAGUCUGUGGAUCUUGUCCGCCUUCCUGAGGCCAGAUUUGUGGAAAAGCCCCUGCUGUGCCUGGAGUGUGUCCUGCAUGGCGUCAUCCCUGCCAGCACUGAUGGAUCUUGGCCUGUGACGGUGCUGGACCAUGUCCACGUCAUGAUUGUAAACCACCAGUGCCAGAUAGAGAUCAUGAAGGCGGAGGAAGACAGUUCGCUGGAGAUACGGCUCAAGUUACCCGAUGGGUCCGAUCUUGGCAAGACGCUCAUACAGAUGGGGGCGGCUACAAAGCCUGAUGAUCUUACAACAGAGUAUGAAAUAAGUCACAAAAUAUCUGAAGUUAUUCAGAAGCGCUAUCCAUAUAAACAACCUUGCCUAGCACCAGUUGGAGAAUAUUUCCCUGUUGUCGUCACCCAUAUGGAACUGCCAAAUAUUGUAUGGUUCCAGCAUGUUCCUCAGGAAUGCUGUGAUAUAGAUGACAAGGUGGUGAAGCGAGCACUGCAGGUAAACAAUGACCUGGCAGCUCUAGUCAAGAUGUCCGCCGAGCUGGCACAGGCAGAAGCCAUAGGGAAAUCUUUCAUCAAAGUUCCAGCACGGGGCCAGAUGUGUAGCGCCCAGUUCAGCUUUGAUGACUGCUGGUACCGGGGCCUGGUGAUCGACAGAGACGAGGACACACAGUCAGCUCUCGUCCUGUUUGUUGAUUACGGGAAUGUGGAAUAUGUCUAUCUGGACAGGUUGCGUGUCCUGACAGCAUCAGCCCGGGGGCUGGCAGGUCAAGGUGUGCGGAGCUACCUUCAUGGGGUGCAGCCUCCGGGAGGGGCCUCACAGAUCUGGUGUAAGAACAGCAUGACAGUGAACCUGGAGCUGCUCAGAGACAAACAACUAGUAGCUUGUAUAAAGUCCUUGGAGCCACUAUGUGUGGAGCUGUACCAGAAAAGCAGUGAUGACAUCAAUACAGAACAAUUGGAGUUGGCCUACCAGCAACUCAUAGAUUCUGGCCUUGCUCAGAUUGACCCAAGUCUUGCUGAGGAAUCAGAGUUGUUUGACUUGGCAGUAACUGCCAGCUUGAAGCAAGCAGAACUGGAUGCUGAUGUUGUAAUAGAGGAAGACACAGAGCUGAAGGAGGAUGAACGGGUCACAGAGUAGGACAACAUGGAUGUCCAUGGCAACAUACACUAGCAAGAGACGGACACAGUCCAGGAGUGACUUGAUGUUUUACAUCUGAAUUGGUGGAUGUGUUAAGUGUUUCAAUAAAUGGACUAACCUUGGCCCUUAUUCUCGAAAUGUUCGUAGCCCUAAGAAUUCUUAACUUUGAUCAUAGCCAGAGUGUUAAGAAUGGGCUUAAGAAGUUUGUAGGGCUACGAACGUUUCGAGAAUAGCUAGCCUGGUCACUGUCACUGAUAGACCUAAUCAUGAGUUGUCAGAACAUCUGACGGAAGAAGAUUGUAUAUUUUCUGAAAUGCUUUCCACAAGGUUGUUAUUGAUAUAUUCAUGUCAUUUAUGAAUAUAUGAUCAUUGUUCUUGUAGUUUUUUUAAAAAUUUCAGUCCCCUAGGUGAAUUUAUUGUCUUCUGAACAAGUAGGCAUUCAUGUAUUGCUUUAAGGUAUUGCCAAGUCUUAAAAACUAUCUGAUAUAAUACAGGAAGGGAUGUAGUGCUGAGAGAAGAAAGGUUUACUGGCAGUAAUAGGGAGAAAGUUUCAGCUAUGUGAACCUGAAGACCUCUAAUAUUGAAACUGAGAAACAAUUAAAAGUAGUAAUAUGAAUAUGUGUGAAACUGAGGAACAUGUGAAAUUAAUAACAUACUUGUGGAACUGCGAAACAUGUGAAAUUAAGUGAAACUGAGAAAAGUGUGAAGUUGAAAAUAAUUGUGAAACUGAGAUGAAUGUGAAAUUAAUUGGAGCAUGUAUGAGACGAAAAAGUGGUGGAAAUGUUGAAACAUUUGAUUGAUAGGAUUUCCAAGAUUGGACUUGUUCAUGUGCAUAUAUUAUUGCUGAUGUUAUGUUGUUACAUCCUUUGCCCUGAAUAUGAAUGUAUAUAAUAGGUUUAGUUUGCAAAACUGAUUUUUCAUGAUGUGGCCAAAGAUAGGAUUUAAUCCAAGUUUAGAUUGCAGCGAGUAUGUGAAGAGAAAAGGUGUAAAUAUCGGUGUAUGUGCGAUUGACAUUUGUUGGUGCUUUCAUCUUGAAGGAAGAAUGUGGAUCACUUUGUGAAAAGUGCCAGAUGUCAAUCAUCCUGAAUCUCAGUACAACAUUAAAUCAUUUUCAUCUUUGUUUGUAACCUCAUGACAUUCUACAGUGUUUAUGAUAAUUGUGACUUAUUUUGUUAAUAACAGUGCCAUAACUUCUACUUUCGGGAACAUGUAUAACACUGGUGUUGGAAAGCCUUACUUAGCGAUCUAAAUUUUGAUUUCUUAGUGGUAGCUCAAACAAGUUUG